AUACCUGGAAACCAAUUGUUUACUUGGUUUAACAGCAAUAUGGAUUUUUAUUGGUUUGAUUACUUAAAAGGUUUGAUUGGUGGAGAAGGAGGUGGACAUGCGUAAACAUAAAUUUGGAAGCAAUUUGAAGUUAGCAGCGUAUCAAAAUCCCGCGUCGCGAGCCUGUUGCCCAGUUUAUUGAUCUGACACAAUUGAACAACCUGCAUUGCUGUCAUCUACCAAAACAGUUGUACCACGGACGAGUUUAAUGUCGUAUCGUGUAGUAGAACUCGGGAAAAAAUUCAACUUUUUCAUUAUUUAUUAUAAAAUAACUAUUAUUUAACGGGUGUUAUUUUAAUGGAUUUCAUUUGUGAUGAUUUUCUGUCGGGGUGACGUCACAGGUUUUUGAUAAUGAUUUUUUAACAACAAAAUGUAGAACGAAUUUUUUCGUUCUUUUUAUCGAUGACAUUUAUGUUAUGUGAUUUUUAUUAUUUCAUGUCGUUGACGAUAGUGUGACUAAUAAUGUUGCAUUGAGAAAAAUAACGUCGAUGGAUCAUUAUUGUUUAAUUAUUAAUUAUAAUAAAUAUUAUUGUCAUAUAGUCAAUAAUUCAUUAUCUAGUCAUUCUAUACGAGUUAAAAUAACUAGUAAAUCAAAAAAAGUUAUAAAUAUCUAAAUAUAAAAUAACGGAAUGCUUUUUUCUAAUGAAUAUAAACGUAUGUCAGUGGUAUAGAUUUAAAUAAAAUUCAAACCUCAAUGAGAUAAAAAUCAUUGAAGAUGAAGAAAUUUACAAUAAAAGGCGUUUUAGACGGUUUCCGAUCGUCAGUUGCUCAACAGGUUAAACCUGAUCAGGAAAUAAUUGAAAAUUUGAGAAGUGAACACUUUCAAGUUAAAAAAACAUUCAGACAUGGUUUUCCACAUCAACCAACAGCUGUAGCAUUUGAUCCAAUCCAGAAACUUUUAGCUAUUGGUACUAAAACAGGAUCUUUGAGAAUUCUUGGCCGACCUGGCGUUGAUGUUAACAUCAAACACGAGGGUGGUGCAGCUGUUAUUCAACUAGAAUUUCUCAUCAAUGAAGGUGCCCUGGUUUCUGUUACUGCAGAUGAUACAUUACAUCUCUGGAAUUUGCGACAAAAAAUACCACAAGUUGUACAGAGUCUUAAAUUUCAACGUGAAAGGAUAACGUCAAUCCAUCUGCCACUACAAAGCAAGUGGCUAUAUGUGGGCACAGAAAGAGGAAACAUUCAUGUACUUCACAUCGAGACCUUUGUUUUAUCUGGAUACGUGAUCAACUGGAACAAAGCUAUAGAAGUGUCAAGGAAAACUCAUCCAGGGGCUGUGAUUCAUCUGAGUGAUAAUCCACUGGACUUGAGUAAGAUGCUCAUUGGCUAUGAAUCAGGACAAAUUUCCUAUUGGGAUUUAAAAACCAAAUGUGCUGAGUGGAGAUGUCAAACAGACGAGCCCUUAAGAUCAAUUUCUUGGCAUCAUGAGGGUAAACAAUUUAUGUGUAGUCACACUGAUGGAUCACUUUCUACGUGGGUUUUAAAACAACCUAGGCCAGUCAGUGUUACUCAUCCACACGCUAAACUGACAAAAGAUGGAGAACCUGAGCCAUGCAAAUCAAUUCAAAAAGUCGAGUGGAAGCUCUCUAGAUCAGGUGAAGCGUAUGUUAUAUUUUCCGGCGGAUUAGCUUAUGAUACGACCGGAAGAACGCCGAGUAUUACCGUGAUACAGGGAAAAACUACAACUGUUUUGGAAAUGGAACAUAACGUCGUUGAUUUUAUAACAUUGUGCGAAAGUCCAUACACAAGUGACUUUCAAGACCCUUACGCAGUCGUUGUGCUGCUACAAAAUGACUUGGUGGUAAUUGACCUACUAACACCAGGAUUCCCAUGUUUUGAGAAUCCGUAUCCUAUGGAUAUUCAUGAAUCUCCAGUAACUUGUUGCGCUUAUUUCGCUGAUUGUCCUUCGGAUUUAGUACCAGCAUUUUAUUCUGUCGGAUCUAAAUCACAGAAAAAGACGGGCUUUAGUGAAAGAGAGUGGCCAAUUUGUGGGGGAGAAUGGAGUCCCAACUCUAGCAGUUACAGUGAAAUCAUUCUCACUGGACAUGCGGAUGGGAGUAUAAAGUUCUGGGAUGCGUCAGCAGGUUCCCUACAAGUAUUAUAUAAACUUAAAACGGCUAAAUUAUUUGAGAAAACUAAAACUAAGAGCUUAGAUGGUGAAGAGGACCCAUUGGCUAUACAAUUAAUUUUUUUAUGUCCGGAAAGCCGAAAAUUAGCAAUCGCUGGUGCUGGACGUCAUGUGGUGUUAUUUAAAUUCAAGAAAGUCGAAAGCAUGUCAGAAGUUGUGACGUUAGAAAUAUCGCUUUCUGGUGAUGGUAAGGAUGCAGAGGGGUCACCAGAUCCUGAUUUGGACCCCUGCCAAAUCCCCGGGGUGGAAGAAUCUCGAGCUGCAGAGGCUGCGAUGUCGUUAAAAGUCCGUGGAGGAUUGCAAAAACGUGCCGCUGGCUUUCAAGCGACCUUGAUCUGUUUAACGACUAAUAGUGGAGGGGAACAGACGGAAAAUAUUACGUCUUUAAGCCUGAAUUCAUCCUAUGGCCUACUAGCGUAUGGCAAUGAAUCCGGUCUAGUGUUGGUAGACAUAGUCCAAAAAGUUAAGCUUUUAGUAUUAAGUACUUCAGAAAUUGGUAGUACAGGUGAUCCAUAUCAGCGGACAUUACGAAGUCCUAAACGUCAAGAUGACGCAAAAAAAGAGAAUGAUGACAAAGCUCGUAGUCCUAGCAUCGAUCAGAUUCAUCGAGAAUCAGCAACAGAAACCGAGUCUUUAGUAGCACCAGUAGGAGAAAAGGCUUCUUCUUCCUUCUCCUUGCACCAUCCUCAACAGCCGACGCACGUAUCCCAACAACCACAAUUUCACGAAGAUUGUCACAGUGUAAACAGUGACAGCCGAGACAACUCCGAAGAUGCGUUGCUCAUCAAGGAAUCACCAGUUAUGACUAAGAAAAGUGGAUCAAUAAGUGGUGAGGACGAAACAACGCGUAAAAAUAAUCCAUGGAAGUCCUUUAGUCUCAAACGACAACUCAGCAGGGUUGACAUAAAAAUAAAGAGCACAUUCACACCAUCAUCAUCAUCGUCUUCUUCAUCAUCAGCAUCUACGCACAAUGGGAGACAGCCACAGUCGACAUUUUACUGCAAUCCUAUGGAUGCUGAAUCACCGGAAAUAAACGAAGAAUCGACACCAACAGCAUCUGGAGUGUCAGCAACUGAGACUGGUGGAUUUGGUAGUAGAAGUCCUAUUGCUGCUAGAUCACCACGAAGUGAAAAGAAAUAUGGAAAUUUAGCUGAAUCAACUACCUUAAUUAGCCCUACUAAUAAUACUAUUGAUGAUAAUGAAGAUAUUGGUUGUGAUGACAAUAAAAAAAGUCAAUCUGAUAAUUACUCUAGACCAAUCGAUUUGCCUUUAUAUGAAAGUAAUGAUAAAUUAAUGGAUAUGCAGAGGAGAUUAGUUAAAGGACGACAUAUGAAAUCAAGACUAUUAUCAAUACCUAAUGUGAAGAGUCAAAAAAAUUAUACUAAUGAAGCAAGUAUGAAACAUGAUGACAAUACUUCAACUACAAGCAACGAAUCAUUCGCCGGAAAUUUUAUGAGGCGUUUCAGCCGUGUAGACAAGUUCGACAGUACGUUUCAACGUUCAAGAAGUUCAAGUAUGUCAUCACUUGAAAACAUUUCAACGGAAACCAUCAGCUGCCUUACUUUUGCCGAUUGUUACACUAAAAAAACUGAUGUCAACGUUUUACCGACUCUGUGGAUUGGCACGUCUUUGGGUUCAAUACAAACGGUUGUAUUCAAUUCCCCAGCAUCUGAAGACCGUCAUACUCAGCCUGUGAUCAUUUCUACUUGUAAUGGAUUAUCAUUUAAGCUAAAGGGAUGCAUAUUAAAUAUAUCAUUUUUGGACUGUAAUGGAACUCUAAUACCCAACUCAUAUGAACCAUGGAAGGAUGAAAAUGAUGGGAGAGAGCGUAGUCGUUCAGCUAAAUCAAAUAGCCGAAUGUCACCAUUAUUAAAUGCACAAGCUAGCUCUGCGGGAGAUGGAUUUGAUGAUCGUCAAUUCGUUGUUUUAAUAUCCGAGAAACAAGCACGAGUUGUUGCACUUCCAUCACAAAAUUGUGCUUAUCGACAGCAGUUGAGUGAAACUCAUGCAGUUAUAAAAGCAGAAAUCACUACGAUAAAAGAUGGUGUUUGUCUUGUUUGUUAUGUAUCUAAUGGCCACAUAGCGACUUAUAGUCUACCAAGUUUAAGGCCCUUGGUCGAUGUUGAUUUUUUACCGUUGCAAGAUUUAAGUUUUCAGACAACAAAGCAUGGCAUUGUAGACCCCAUGUUGUCCAUAUGGGGUCACCAACUCUUUGUAAAUGGCGAUACAGAUCAAAUUUCAAAAACUAUUUGCCUUACCAAUAAAGGCCAUGGAUUAUAUUUGUCAUCGCCAACUGAAAUACAAAAGUUUAGUCUCUCAAGUGAUUUUUGUUCGGAGUUACCAGAAAUGAUGGGCGAUUUAUUUGUAACUGUGGACAUGCCAGAACCGCCUAAAGAAAGUUUCUUUAAAGGACUCUUUGGGGGUGGUGCACGUAGUGUAGAUCGUGAAGAAUUAUUUGGAGAAUCGAGUGGACGAGCAUCACGUACAAUUGCUAAACAUAUUCCGGGGCCGAAUGCAAAUACCGAGGCAUUAAGAGAACGAGUUUCAACAGCAACUGGAGAUGUGGCGAUGGCACACCAAAUGGUAAUGGAACGUGGAGAAAAAUUGUCUCAAUUAGAAGAGAGAACCGCACGUAUGAUGAAUGAAUCUGAAAACUUUGCGUCUUCUGCUCACGGGCUUAUGCUCAAGUAUAAAGAUAAAAAGUGGUAUCAGCUAUGAGUAAUUAAAUUAAUAAUUAAUUGUUAGUGAAAAAAUAAUUCAAAAAAAUUAAUAAUUGAAAAAAAACAAACUUUUUAAAAUGAAAAAAAAAAAAAUUGUUUGAGAUAAAUCCAUUUUAUCUCAAGAUAACUUAUUACGCACAGAAAUUAUCAAAGAAACAAAACAGAAAUUUUAAGUAGUAUAAUACAAGAGAAGAAAAAAAUAAUAUUUAAUGAAAAUAUUUAAAAGGAAAAAAAGUUAUCAAUCGUUGUUAUUAUCCUUAUUCUUAUUGAAGAAAGCGUUCAUUAUCAUCAUUAAACAAAAAAAAACUUUAAAAAAUAAAAUAGAAUAAAAAGAAACUUGACGUAAGGUCAAAUUUGGAGAAAUUUAAGAAUUAAAAAAAAAAAAAAAUAAUAAAGAAAAGCAAUGAAAAAAAGUUUUAAUGGAAUGAAUUUUUAUCGAAAGAAGUUGUAUCACAAUAAAAAUUAUUGUUUAUUAUUGUUUUAUGUUGGUUUGAUUAAUAAAUAUUAAUUAUUAUUAAAAAUAUUAUUCAUGUAACUAUGUAUAUAGUCCAUGUGCACACGAAUUUGAAAGGAAAAAAACACACACACAAUUUUAAAAAUAUAAAUUACUAGAGAGAAAUAUGAACAAUAAAUAAUUAAUGUAUCAAUCGACAAAA